AUGGACCCUGCUGCGCUGCUUGUGAAAUAUCUCAGAGACAAGUUUGCGGCUGAAAUUGCCCUUCAAGAUGGAAAUGUCGAUUUUCCAGCUGAAUGGAGGUUGCAAUUCCUGGAGGACUGCAACCGAAUUGUGCAGCAAUUAGUUGCAGCUUACUGCAACAAGAAAUAUCUUGACUGGUCUAUUGCUGACUAUUCACACUUUCUGGAAGUCCAGAGCCCUUGUUCAACAGGGCGCAAUGAAACGCUGGAGGCAAAGCUUCAAACGUGCUUUCCGCCACUCAACGCCAGCAGGAAUCUCAAAACCCAGCCAUUCAUAGUUGUUGACAAAGAGGGCCAUAUUGUUAUGUGGUACCUGCCAGGUAUCUUGGGGGAGGCGCUUUGGGAACGAAUGUGGAAGGGUGUCGAGGUUGUUCAACGGCUGCUCGCCAUCGACCGGCACUCCAAGAGUUGGCGUCUCAGCAACAAGUACUAUAUGGCGGCAGAGGAAUGCACCAUCUGCCCAGGGACCGCCAGUUUCUCCCCUGCGUGGUUCCAGCAGGCGUAUGCAGCUACCAAUAAUCUAGAGGUAUCUGCUACUCUGCAAACCGUGGAGGGCCUUCAAUGGCUCCAUGAGGCCCAGGAAGCGAACCUCCUCAUAGGUGGCAUCCUGGGGGUCAUUCACCCGGCGUUGUAUGAAACCGGCCACCGGGCAGUGCAAGCACUGCAUGGAGAUGUUCUGGUUGACAAAGGUGCCAAUCUGGAGGAUAUCCUGGAGCUCUGGGCACUACCGUUCACCGGCGUCUCCAUCAUGAAUAACCGCCAGACACCUGUCCAUCGUGACAGCGGUGGAGGCUUCAAAUGCAUGGACCUCCUUGCGACGGUCGGCCCUUACACAAAUGGCAAGAUGGAUAUCCCAACAGUCGGCAUCCAGGUCCGCUACUCAGCAGGGACAAUGGUUGGUAUCACCGGGAGGGCUCUACUUCAUGCCACCGAAGCGACGGGUGAAAGAGCAUGCUUUGCCUACUACAUGAGACACAAUGUCUUGAAACACCUCAACUUGGAGGAGCCAGGGUGGGCAAAGGUCUCAGAUAUUGAUGACAUGGUCGCAGACAUGAUGGAGCCAGAGGCGAAGCCCAAAAGACUGUGA